GCCGCUGCCACCGCUGCAACAGUUGAAAAAGCCGAAAGAAGAAAGAACAUUUUGCCGCCACACCAAGAGAAGCGGCUACUACACAGGAACUGGGAAUGGGUAACCGGGCCGCCGGCUGACUAACAAGCGGAGGUAGAGCCAGAACCCAAACCAGAAUCAGAGCCACAACCAGAACCAGAACCAGAACCAGAAACAGAAAGAAGAACCUCAAGCAUUCAGAAUUAUGUAACACGGCAUUUGCAAGUCAAGUCUGUGGGAUGUCACUGUUUGGAUAGACAGGCGGGACAGCUGAGCAAAGUCGCCGCCGCCGUCGUUGAACUUAAUCUGCGAGCAUGACUGUGCACUAUUCGCAGAGUGGAGGAGCAAGUGUGCGCGUUGUCCUGGCAAGGUUGUUAUGGACGCACCAAUGUUUGUUUGUGCAUGUAAACACGCCGGGCGAUACGCCGAAUACAGAAGGAAAACGCUAGAAAAAGAAAUGCCAGCUCGAACGAACUCCAAUUCCAGUUGAAGCAACGGCUGACAAUGAUCUCUAGACGCGACAAAUUGCUGCAGCUGCCCUGGGAGGAGCUGCGCUAUGCCCAGCAUCGCGAGAAAGUGAUGUCCGCACGUCCGGCGAUAGAUACCAAGUCGCCCCGCCGGCACGAUCAUGUGCAGCGCAAGUGGAAGAAGCUGCAGAGCGAGCGGGAGCGCCAGCAGCAAAUCGAGCGGGAGAAUCUGCGCCUGCUGCAGAAGCUGGGCGACAUCAUGAGCACCAAGCGCAUGAACAAUCUGUGGCUGGAGCCGCGACCCAAUUUUUUGCACCGGGAGAAGAUGUUUCACACGCGCCCCUACUCCAGCCUGCCACAGGUUGUCACCAUUUACGGCGCACAGCCUCCCGGUCCGGUGCUCUAUGGCAGUAUGCCCAAGCCAACGGUUGUGGGCCGCUGUCCCACCUGCAGCGGUAAUCCCGAGCGCACCCAAGUGGUUAUUCCGGAGCAGCGUCUGCCUUGGCCGCCCUCACGCAAGUCCUCGAGCCGCAAGCAACAGGAGCAACAGCAACAGCAGCAGCAGCAGCGCUGCUAUCAAUGUGGCGGCAUCAGGCGCACGGAGCGCAAUCUCUUCGAGGACUACUCCUUUGACUAUGAAUAACAAUCGAGCAGACAAAUAAAAG